AUCGCCAAAUGGGUCUCAACGUCAUCUUCCACCCUUCUAAACAAUAUAAGGUUUUUCACUUGACCAGCUUUUACAAGGAUGGCGAGUGAGGUCUCGGAUCGCUUGGAGCCCUGGAGCCAGAUGAACGACAAGGUCGUAAUGGUCACCGGUGCCUCUUCCGGUUUAGGUCUUCAGUUCUGUCUCGAUUUGGCCAAAGCUGGCUGCCGGAUUAUAGCAGCGGCUCGGCGCAUCGACCGCCUGAAGUCUCUCUGUGACGAGAUCAACAAGUCGGGAAGUAUUAGAGCUGCAGCUGUGGAGCUGGAUGUCUGCAUGGAUGGAGCAACAAUUGAUAAGGCCAUACAGAAGGCUUGGGAUGCGUUUGGGAAAAUCGAUGCUCUGGUUAAUAAUGCAGGCGUUCGAGGUACUGUGAAGACUCCAUUGGAUUUGUCUGAGGAGGAGUGGAAUCUUGUUCUCAAAACAAAUUUAACAGGAUCUUGGUUAGUGUCAAAGUCUGUCUGCAUACGUAUGCGUGAUGCAAAUCUGGGAGGAUCAGUAAUCAAUAUCUCUUCCAUAGCUGGUCUUGAACGUGGACAUCUCCCUGGAGAUGUUCAUUAUGCUUCUUCAAAGGCGGGCUUAAAUACCAUGACUAAGGUCAUGGCUCUGGAAUUAGGGGUAUACAAAAUCCGAGUGAAUUCAAUAUCACCUGGAAUUUUUAAAUCAGAGAUCACCAAAGGUCUUAUGCAGAAAACCUGGCUAAAUAACGUGGCCUUGAAAACAGUCCCUUUAAGAGAUCUUGGAACCGCAGAUCCAGCAUUGACAUCGCUUGUCCGAUACCUAGUUCAUGACUCUUCAAAGUAUGUGACAGGUAAUGUAUUUAUUGUUGAUGCGGGGGCUACGCUACCUGGUGUGCCUAUUUUCUCUUCCCUUUAAUUUCUCACGAAAACUAUGAAAUUGUAUGUACUUGCCCGUAUGGAUGUUAGUAGCACUCUGGCUGAAGUUUGUUGAAAUAAUAAAUGGAGAAGCUAUAUUUUGUCA